AUGAGUGAUAUGGAUAACGAGAAUCGUUCCAAGCCAGAAGAAAGCAAUCAGAAUGAAGAAAAUAGUCAUCAACGAAAUCGGCCAGAAGCACUUCCGAAACUUAAACAUAAUUUAAAUGAAGAAUACAAGCCGUUUGAUAAUGGUUACAAUUCACCGCUUUCAUCACCAAUUAUCAAAGAGAAGAUUGAGAGUGUAUUGCAUUUUGCAUCAACACCUCUGGUGGAAGAUGGUACUCCAGAAUCUUUACUCUAUCAAUCAUGGCAUACUCCUUCUGUAAAUCCUAUGUUACCUGAGGAUUUCUUUUCAGUGAAACAUAUUCAACGAAGAGAAAGGGAACUAUACAAUCCACGAAAUCACCUUUUGCAAAAUUUGGUAGAUCUGGUAGAAUCAGCAGUCCCAUCAAGACCAAGGCAAAUGUCAUCGGAGGGACAGAGUACAGUAACAGAGGCUAACUUAUUAACAUCAGUCGACCACCAAGCGGGGUUACAACAGUCUGUGACAAUACCAAAUGAUAAUUUUGGAAACAAUUUUAGGUCUUCAUCAUUUUCGCCUCAGCCGUUUCUUCAAUAUAUGCCAAUUGCUUCUGGACAUUCCAUUUCAAAUCGUCCGACUCAGUUUGAUUCGUUUACACCAAAUCUGAAUUCAUCACUAUUUGGCACACCACCUGUUACACCUACUUCUCAUUUAUUUGCACCAAAUUUGAGUUUAUCACUAUUUGGCACAUCACUUGUCACGUCUACUUCACAUUUAUCACCUGGAAAUCUACAGCCAGAUUUACGAAGCGUUAAACUAUCCUCAUCGAAUGAGUCAUGUGGAUAUUGUAUUGCUACUUGCGAAUUUCCACAAGAUCAUAAUAAAAAGGAAUGUCCGAAAUUAGCAUGCAUGAAGCCGUGCAAAAUAUGUAAUGCAAAUGGAAGGGAAAAUCAUACCUUAAUAGAGUCGCCUAUAUUGGGAGUAAUUAAUUCGCGUGGUACCCCUCGCUUGGUUAUUUUUCCACAUCAUUUUAGAGAGGUUGUUCCAUGUAAUCCUCCAUUACAUGAUGUUACUGAAAUUCAAGGUCUCGUAGCGAUUCCUGCUAUACGGUGUGCUAAUUCUGGAGAGAGGGACAGGUUGAUUGGUCGGUUCGAGUUGGUAACAGUGGAAAUGCCAAGCGAAUGUGGCACAUCGACGAGGGAGGGUAUCACAAUGGGGCUGGAUGAACCUGAUGAUUACAUGCGGUACAAGAAGCUUGAGAAGCAGCUUGAACACUUAGAUGUUAUGGAGGAAUAUGUAAAGCUAGAAACACGAAAUCUAGAAAAAGAAUUAUUACAUGCUCAAGAAGAGGUUAAAAGAAUACAAUCUGUCCCUUUAGUUAUUGGACAAUUCCUGGAAGCCGUUGACCAAGAUCAUGCAAUUGUAGGGUCAACUACAGGAUCAAAUUAUUUUGUUCGCGUGUUAUCCAUUUUGGAUCGUGAGCUGUUGAAGCCUGGUUGUAGCGUGGCAUUACAUAAAUAUAGCAAUGCUCUUGUUGAUGUAUUGCCACCGGAAGCAGAUUCGACAAUACAAAUGCUCCGUGCCGAUGAAAAACCUGAUGUUUCAUAUACCGAUAUUGGAGGUCUCGACAUGCAGAAACAGGAAGUUCGCGAAGCAGUGGAACUUCCUCUUACUCAUGGGGAGCUCUAUCAACAGAUCGGUAUUGAUCCUCCGCGAGGUGUACUUAUGUAUGGCCCACCAGGAUGCGGUAAAACAAUGCUUGCAAAAGCAGUAGCAGCACAUACAACAGCUUCAUUUAUCCGUGUCGUCGGAAGUGAAUUUGUUCAAAAAUAUCUUGGAGAAGGACCACGCAUGGUACGUGACGUAUUUCGUCUAGCCAAAGAGAACAGUCCAUCGAUAAUAUUCAUCGAUGAGAUUGAUGCAAUUGCAACAAAACGGUUCGAUGCACAAACCGGUGCUGAUCGUGAAGUGCAACGGAUUUUACUGGAAUUGUUGAACCAGAUGGAUGGUUUUGAUCAGAGUACAAAUGUUAAGGUAAUAAUGGCAACAAAUCGCCAAGAUACACUGGAUCCAGCGCUUCUGCGUCCUGGCCGUUUAGAUCGUAAAAUUGAGUUCCCAAUGCCGGACCGCCGGCAGAAACGUCUUAUUUUCUCUACAAUUACGGCAAAAAUGAAUCUUUCGGAUGAAGUUGAUAUGGAAGAUUUCGUUGCUAGACCAGAUAAAGUAUCAGGUGCAGACAUCAAUGCCAUAUGUCAGGAGGCUGGUAUGCACGCAGUUCGUGAAAAUCGUUACGUUGUACUAACCAAAGAUUUCGACAAGGCGUACAAAUCUGUGAUAAAGAAGGAUCAAAAUGAUUUUGAGUUCUAUAAAUAA